AACAGGGCUACCAAUGGGGCUGGCAAGGGUUGAGACCUAGUUUGCAGUCAGGAGAGAUGACUGCAACCAUGCCACACAACCAUUUGCUUGCUAUUAUGAGCAACGGUGAUGAACUCCGCACCGUCUGCCAAUGAGGCUAUGCUAGUUCUAACACUAACGCUUACAGGUUCGCUGUCGGGCCUGUGGCUAAUGCUAUCCUGAGUACCCAUCAUAUCUAAGGUAACGUUAGGAGAACUGUUUGCUGACAGAUACAUCUCUGUAGCAGAGACACCCUGUCUACAAGAGCGGAACAUCUAACACAAGCUAUCGUAAUAGCAUGAUUGAGGACACAGAUGAGGGACUGGUGUUGGUUAAUUUUUGACUGAACUGUCAGCUGACUCUCAGAGUUCCUUUAUAUAAUGGGGAAGUUUCUAGCAAACUGUCUGCAGCAAAGAGGACAUUAAAGGUAAGCAUAGCACUUUACAGAAAUAUGGUAACGUUUUUAGGUAACUUUAACCUUUGGGUAACUUAGACUUAGAUUAAUUGGUAAAAGUUAGACGUGGAAGUGAAGCUUUGAAGACAUGGUGACAAAAUAUAUCAUAGUUUGGAAGUAAAGCUGUUUAGAGGCAAAGCAUAUCAUCAAUAUGUCCUGUUUAAUUUAAAAGUAUUAACCUGUCAAAAUUUCAUUGCAAAAAAUCAUGUUGAAUAGGGUUGUAUAUUAUCAAAUAAUACUAAGACCUACUGUGGUUGAACAUAACUCACUUCCUUAGAUUUUCCCUGGACAGGGUGUUAAGAUGCGCGGUAUCUCUGCCAGUUGUGCCCUAGCAGCACUGCUGCUGGCUGUAGCCUGCACAGACCACCACCAUCACCAAGACUCUGAACACAGCCAUGAGGGUGAGCUGAGCUGCCACAAUCUGUCCCCUCCCAAUGCUGACUCCGGCUUUGCCCUCUACAAAAGUCUGAAUGCCAAGACUGCUGCUGGAAAGAACAUCUUCUACUCACCACUGGGCAUCUCCACCACCCUGUCCAUGCUGUCUACAGGGGCCCGUGGUGAAACACACAGGCAGUUGUUCUCCAUCUUGGGCUACAACACUCACAACCAGGCACAGAUCAACGAAGCAUAUGAGCAUCUUUUCCACAUGCUUGGCCACAGCCAGGAGAAUCAGCAGUUGGAUGUCGGCAAUGCUGUUGCAGUGCGCUCUGGCUUCAAUCCUCUGGAGAAAUUCCUUAAGGAUGUCAAGCACUACUACUCUGGUGAGAGCUUCCAUGUCGACUUUACAAAACCUGAUGAGGCUGCUGCUGAGAUCAACAGAUUCAUUUCAAGUAAAACACAGGGCAAGAUAAAAGACAUGGUGAGGGACUUGGACCCUGCAAUGGUCAUGGUGCUGAUCAACUAUGUCUACUUCAGAGGACAGUGGGAGAAACCCUUCAAUGUUAACCUGACACACAAGGCAGACUUCCAUGUGGACAAAACCACCAAAGUUCAGGUGGACAUGAUGGAAAGAAUGGGACGCUACGACUUCUAUCAGGACACUGACAACCACACCACUGUCAUCAUGCUGCCCUACAAGGGCAAUACCUCCAUGAUGAUCGUCCUGCCUGAUGAAGGCAAAAUGAAGGAGGUGGAGGACUACAUCAAUAAGGACUACAUCAGACACUGGCACGACAAGCUCUUCAGAAGUUCUGUGAAUCUGUUCCUGCCAAAGUUUUCUAUCUCUGCUGAUGCCUCCCUGGAUGACACACUUAAAGAAUUAGGAAUGACAGAUGCUUUUGCAAACAAUGCUGAUUUUUCUGGCAUGUCUUACGAGGUCAAACUCAAAGUCUCGAAGGUAUCCCACAAGGCUGUGCUAAGCGUGGAUGAAACAGGAACAGAGGCAGCAGCUUCCACCACCAUCGAAGUCAUGCCCAUGAGUAUGCCUGAAAUCAUGACACUCAACAGGCCCUUCUUGGUCUUCAUUCUGGAGCAUUCCACUGGGAGCAUCCUCUUCAUGGGCAAGAUCAACAACCCCACAGCAAUGUAAAGAUGCUGGGGAAAUGAGUGUUACAUUUGUUACAUUUUCACACUGCAGUAAGUUUCAGUAGCUUCUGAACAUUAGCUAAUUUUUACCUCAGCAUUUGGAAGCCUUGUAGAGAUGUCAUAGUGAUAAUAAGAGAAUUGAAGAGAAAAUGAAUAGAGGAUAGUUUGAUGAGUAAGUCAACAGAUCUGUCAUCAAGUAACAGAAAUGUUUGUCUACUAAUAAGCUUGUAGUAUGUCAGCAUGACAUAUUUAUUACCAUCUGUCAUUUGAACCUGACUAGGUGAAAAAUGUCUAAAUACGUCAUUAUAUAUUGUAUCCAUCCGGAAUGUUGUAUAUGAUGCAGUUAAUAGAAAACAUUAGCAGAUAUAUCAGUUGAAACAUCUGCUAACACAUUGAAACAAAGUGUUAUUGUGCUAUUGUUGUUUCGACAUGUUUCAACAUGAAGUGAAAUAAAGUCUUGUCAUGAACAACUGGCAUUUUAUGUUUUUAGAUAUAUUUAUUAAAUUUUAUUUUAAUCUUUCAAUAUAAUAUUGAGGUCACAGAUUUAAUUAUCUGAGGAUGUACAAUUUACAGUACCACUAAAUGCUAAACUAUUAAGCUACCAGUUGUUUUUCCAGAAUGGAAUUAAAGUUAAAAUUAGUUGAAAUGCUAAUUUUGAAUUUUGAAUGAGUCUCUUUAUAUCUCUCCCAAAGGCCACUUAUUUCUGGUGUAUCAUUUGAUUUCUAGUAUUGUGUGAUGAUUAUUGUAAGCUCAUACGCAUUUAAUGCACCUUAUUAGAAAACACACACAUACGUUUGUAACCAAAAAUACACUACCUUACCAGUGGACAGCAAAAGAGGCC